CGGGAGCAGAGAUAACCGAGGGACAGGCGGAAGUCCCCAAAAUGGGUGGAAUACGGCACCUUUUGAAGUAUUUACAGGAGGCAACUGCCACUACACAAGUAGGGCAGAGAGGAGGAAAGCAGGGAAGAAGCAGCAAGCUGAAAAUGAGUGAAUGCAAAUAAAAAGUGGGGAACUGUUCCGUCGCGCCCAUCCACGACGCUGCCCGCGGUCGGCACCUCGGCUGCUCCCCGGGGCCGGGGCCGCCAUGACCGCGCGCAGCUCCGCAGGCGCCGCCUCGGCCGCGGCCUGCCCGCGGCGGCUCCGAGGGGCUCGAGGCAAGAAGGCACUUUCCACAUGGACGGUCGCUGUUUACUUCCCGCGGCAGGGAGAAACGUGCCGCCGCCGCCAGGCGCCGGCCGCGGAGUACCGCCGCGCCGGGGGCCGAGGCGCCGCCGGGCGGCAGCGGCCGGACUACAUUUCCCAGCGUGCCCCUGGCGGCGCGGGGCGGGAGGGGAGCAGCUGUGGGGAGACAGAACAUGGGCGCCUGAGGCCGGGCCGAAGUCGGCUGCAGGCGCCGCGGCGAGGGAAGCAGCGCGGCGGCGGGGCAGGAGGCGGCGGCUGGCUGGGGGACAUGGCGGAGACCGGCUCGGUGCACGCCACCAGGUUCGAGGCGGCCGUGAAGGUGAUCCAGAGCCUGCCCAAGAACGGUUCAUUCCAGCCAACAAAUGAAAUGAUGCUGAAGUUCUAUAGUUUUUAUAAGCAAGCCACCCAAGGACCCUGUAACAUUCCAAGACCUGGAUUUUGGGAUCCGAUUGGUAGAUAUAAAUGGGAUGCCUGGAGUGCCUUGGGAGAUAUGUCCAAAGAAGAAGCCAUGAUAGCAUAUGUUGAAGAAAUGAAAAAGAUUCUUGAGAGUAUGCCAAUGACGGACAAAGUUGAAGAAUUACUACAAGUAAUAGGCCCGUUCUAUGAAAUAGUAGAAGAUAAAAAGAAAAGAGGAUCUGACCUAACCUCAGUUCGAAUGGAGAAGGUCUCUAAAUAUUUGGAAGAUCUUAGUAAUGUCAUGACUUCCACUCCAAAUAUAAAGGCUGUGAAUGGGAAAGCUGAAAGUAGUGAUAGUGGAGCUGAAUCAGAAGAAGAAGGGUUUCGUGAAGAAGAAGAAAAAGAGCUACAGCUAAAUGGAAAGGAAUACAAGAAUGAGAAGCCAGACUCGGCAGCUGCUAAGGAUUUGGAAAGUAUUGUCACUAAUGGCUGUUACAAGGACAGCUUUAUACCAGAUACACAGAAUGGCAUCCAGACCAAAUCUGCCCUGAAUGGCGUGAAUGUGGAGGAAGAAAUAAAGAAAACAGAACAAAGCCUAGAACUAGCUAAUAACACUGCUUACCAAGGUGCAAAUGAAGAGAAUACUGAAGAGAUCUCAGGAACUCCGCACUUAACUAGUGAUUCUGACAGUGAAGUUUAUUGUGACUCUAUGGAGCAACUUGGACUAGAAGAGCCCUUGGAGGUGGUCACAUCAGCCAAAGGAUCCUUAAAGCGUUCAUCCCAUUUCUUGGAUGUAGAUCACAGUCCUCUGUUAGAAAAUACAGAUUUUCCAGGACAUGCUGGCAUGACUUAUGGGAAUCUCCAACUUGGAAAUAACAUAGAGGGAACAGUUCAAGAAAAAGGUGAAGUCAAGUGUGGAGGAGAAGAUGGCAAAGCCAAUAAUGGGGGGCCUCACAAAGAGAAGAAAGGUGGAGAAAAAGUGGAUUUCUAUGGUGUCAGAAGAGGAAGAGGACAUAGACUUCAGCCUGUAGGCGAUGGUGCACAAGGUGGCCAGAUGGGGAGUGGAGGGGAUGGAGAGCGCUGGGGAUCGGACAGAGGGCCCAGGGGUAGCCUCAAUGAGCAGAUUGCGGUAUUGCUGAUGCGGUUACAGGAAGACAUGCAGAAUGUCCUUCAGAGGUUGCAUAUGCUGGAGGCAGUUACAGCCUCACAGGCAAGAUCUGCAACACUACCAUCAAAUUACCAGCCUGCCUCCUCUGUCAAGAAACCAUCAUGGUGGCCCUUCGAAAUUUCUCCUGGUAUUUUAGCUUUUGCUAUUGUAUGGCCAUUUAUUGCCCAGUGGUUGGUGCAUGUAUAUCUUCAAAGAAAGCGAAGAAAACUGAACUGAGAAUUUAUGACUUUGCUUAAAGGCUACUAGAACUAGAAGGCCCUGGAAAGUGAAGGAAUUCUGACUUCUCGUAGAACCUCAGGAUCUGGGAUGAUGUUCCUUCUGUUAUAGUAAUAUUUUGUACUACCUUUGAGCGAAACAUUUAAGGACUAACAUUACUGAUACUUGAAUGAUUCACUGCUCCUAGGUUACAAAUAAAAUAAAUUUAAUUCCAUCCUUAAAACCCCCUGAACAAUAAUUAUUUUGGAAUGUGCUUGUGGAUGGGCCUUCAGUAAUUUCUGGUUUUGCUGAUGUCAGAUAAUGGGGAAAAUGUCAUCUUUGUAAAAGAAGAAAUGGAAAAUAUGUAAAAAUCACUUUAACAUAGAAAUAAUGUUACAAUCACAGUAUCUCUGCCUGUUUUUCACAGGGCUAUGUACUAUCAGAUGAAAGCAGUAGUGGAGUAUGAAUUCCAUAAACUGUAAGCUGAUGGGGGGAAAAUACAAUAUAGCUGUGAGUGGUUCAACUGGUUAUUUUUGCUGCUAAACUACUGUGGGCAAGUUUCCUUGUAAAUGGGUCAAAAAUGAAAGUUGAAUGUUUCACUUAUCCUUUAAGAUUAUAAAGGAGUUUAGGGAAUUGCUAUGUAUCUUGCAAGUCAGGACUGUUAAUAACAGGGGAACUGUCAAGUAUCAGUUUGAAAGCAGUUUGUGGUAUAAGGGAUCCAUCUAAAAAGGCUGCACCUUAUAAUAUUUUUAACUUUGAUAAUUGUAUUCUUGAUGACAACACCUUGUUUUAAGUGAAAUAUAUAGUUAAUGUACAAGGUGCUUUAAAUUGAGAUAAAAACUAGCUCUGUCACAAUAUCUCUAAAUUUUAGAAAGCUCAGCAUAUUUAAGUUUUCUAUUGUCAGUUUAUGUCAAAUUAAAAUAAGAUCUUAUCUAGUCCUAAUCUAUUGUGGACUUUUCCCACUCAUUUUAAGAAAAAAUCAGUUCCUGUGUUUCUCUCUUAUCUUUCUACUUCUUUGCAAAACAAAAUUUUUAAGCUAAUUUUGGUGCUGAUUCUUUUUCUUUCACAGAGUAUUUAUUAACCAAUAUGCAGAUAAAUGUACAGCCUUGUGAAGUCUGCUUAGUCAAAAAGCAUGCUUUACAGUUAGUUUUUAAAUGCAUAUGUAAGUUAUCUAAAUCUCUGGAAAAUGGAAGUGCAUUUAAUACUAGUUUUCUGUCAAAUUUAAGACAUUCAUUUACUAUGAGUAAUUACAUCAUGCUAUAACCUGUGCUUAAAGUUUGAGUAUUUAAAAAUGACCCCAUAUUCUUUAUGUGCUUUCAUUUUUCAGCCAGAAUAAAUAUUACAAAUUAUUCUUGAGGAAAGUAAGUUAUUUUUUGUCCUUCCUGAAAUUUUUUUAUAGCUUGGAGAGCAUUUUUCAUAUAAGCUAUACUGUAUAAAAAUGUAAGACUGAAUUUAAUGUCUGUGAUUACUAGAGCAAUUUUAAUCUUGUUUUCAGUUCAGUGUUUUUUCUUUUUUUAAAGAGUGAUUUUUCCCUCUUCUGAUUUUCUUUGUUGUAAAACUGAAUUAAAAAAUUCAAUAACCAGAACAUCUUUGAAGACUCUGCAACAAUCUGAUGGUUUGAUGUGCCAGCAGUCAGUUCUGGCCCAAGAUACCCUGAAAACUCAGGUUUGAACAAAGCUGGUGUUGUAAUGGAAGUUCUACUAUCAUCUAAAGCCAUUGUGCCUGUUGCUUAAAGUUCCUCGAGUGACUGACUUUAAUAUCAUGAAAUGAUAGAAAUUAUUAGAGGAAGGAUAUUUUAGCUUAAAUAUGAUUUAACCCCCCACACACACACAAAAGUAUGGCAGCAUGUCUGAUGACAGGAAGCAGCACUACAGAAUGCCUUUCCCAAUUCCUAACAAUAAUACAUGCAGGUAUCUAGCUUUUAGAGAUACAGACAUUCCCAAAGGUACUUAACUGUUAGCUUCCCAGUGAAAUAAAUGCAGGUAUGUGUUAUCUUUGUUUAUUUAUUAAUGUUUCAAUAAAUCAAUCCUUUAAUAUUCUGUA